AUGAAGACAAUUUUCAAACCACUCAACCGUCAGCGACCGCAUAUUCGAAUCCUGCUGCACAGGGUGUUCCUCGACACUCGAUGCAAGCUAGAAUUCGUCGCCUUGUCCUACGUCUGGGGCGACCCCAAGCUUACACGCAGCAUCAUCGUGGACGGCGUCAGCGUGACUGUCACUCAGAAUCUAUACGACGCAUUGGUCUGGCAUCGGGACAAUACGUCGUGGCUACCCAAGAAUGAUCUGCCGAUAUGGGCAGAUGCUAUAUGCAUCAACCAGGCAGAUCUCGACGAGAAAACGCAUCAGAUCAAGCUCAUGAAGCGCAUUUACCAGCAGGCCACACAUGUUUUGUGCUGGCUCGGUCCGACGUCGACGCCGCGCAUGGAUUUGUACUUGCACUGGCUGCAGGAUCUCGCACCAGGCUGGAACCAGCCACCGAACACGAAGAUCAGCGAAGGUACACGAAACGCGCACUGGCACCCUUCGAGGCCGACUACCACAGAGGAGUGGCAAGAGAUAGACGUUCUCACAGCCUUGCAGGUAUUUAACGGGGAAACGGAAUUCCACCGCCUCCAGUAUUUUCGUCGGAUGUGGACGUUCCAAGAAGCUCUUCUACCCAAGAUGCAGAGAACGUUCUUUGUGCUGGGGGGAGUCAUCAGGAAAUACAGUCUAUGCGAAUCCUUCAAGAUUGAGCUGCCUAGGUUCAUAUGGAGCAAAGUCCGUAAGCUUAUUAACCUGGAACACACCCGCCCUCAGGUCCUGAGCGACUAUGAUCGACGAACCCUACAAGAGAUUCGCGACCCAGUGUUUCUCGAUCAGACGUUCGCCCGACGUAGCGUAAUGAACGGAGCAGCUAUCUCGAUGACGAAGAGGUUGGGCACAACAAAUUUCGGGCUCGGUGAGCCGAUGGUCGCAACGGCUGCUCGCCAGUGCGGCAAUCUACACGACAAGAUUUUUGCUCUAUACGGACUACUGUUCGAGGACCACGACUUGCGAGACAAUGGAGCGGUGAGGACCAGGGUCCAGGCACUGGAGGUUGACUACAAGAAACCCUUGAACAAGGUAAUCCUCGAUGCGUUACGCUACAUCCACCACUCCGAAGGCACGCACAAGUUCCUCUUGCUGGAAGUUCUCAGAGAGUUCCACAGUCGGGGUCCUAGGAGGUCUGCCUCCAUCCAGGCCCGGGACAAGUAUCCCUCAUGGCUGCCAGAAUUGAGAGGAUACAGAAUGCGUUCUUAUGCUCGCGAUAGCGACUUCACCUCCCCUUAUUGGUUAUGCGGAUCUGGCAGAGUCAGCUGGCGCAUUGACUAUUUGCAAAACCGGAGCCGAGAUGUCCUCCACUUCAAUGGCAAGCGUGUAGGAACAGUCUGCAUGGUUCUUCCUUUUCCCAGAGCUGCGCGCGACAUUGUGGCACAGGUCAUCGAGAUCUUGAAACACGCACGCACGGAGGAGCACAAGCGGCCGCAGCAUCCCGGCCCAACACAGCCAAGUACGACGCCAAGCAAUUUGUCACGACCAGUCAAUCUUCAAUACGUCGCGCCCAGACGGCUCGUCGCCAGUAUUGCCAACAAGUGCAAGUUGGAACGACGUCUUGCUCAGAGCCUGCGUCGGCAUGCAACUUCGGAUCUCCAAGGGCGAAUCAGCGAUGUCGAGUACUGGCCACGCCUGCAGGCGAUACUGCAGAACCAAACUGCGAGCCACGGAACACAGACUGCACGGGAUGCACUUUAUCUCAACGAGAAGUCUGCGUCAUACCUGAGAAGCCGAGCCCUCGUUGUUCUGGACAAUGGAAUAUUUGCGCUAUGUAUGGCCAAGGUCCAUGUCGGGGAUGUGGUCUUUGCAUCGGCUGCCUGGCGGGGCGGCAUCCUCCUGAGACCUGCUUGGGACGUUGGAGAGAAGUGGCACCGCCUCCUUACGACUGUGGUUCAUCUUGAUGAUCAAAUAGUGGCUGAAUACUCUGGAGUGUCUCGGCAAGACUUGGAGUACAUAAACCUGAUCUAA